AUGUGCGCCCAUAUUCUAUCCGCUAUUCUUCUUCACUGCUCAUUGGCUGCAAGGCCUUUUGAAUGUCUCUUCUUCCCACUGGUGUGUGUUUGCUGCCCACUGUAUGGGCAUCAGGCCGAGGUCUUGGUGAGCCGAAGGCCUUCAUUCUCCUUUCGUCUGGUAUCCGCCCGGCAGGGAGGAAAUCGUCACUCGGUCGUCGAAACAAUUCACUCAAUCUUCCCCUUUCCUCCUGCCGGGAUGGCGAAAUGUGUUCUCGGCGUCUGGCCACUGCAGCCUGAAUGGUGUUUUCGUGUAGCCGGCCUCUGCUGA